GCUUCUUUUCAGUUAUGGGUCAGUCACCUGAUACAAGUUAGAAACCUCUUUUUUGUUUGUACCAGUGACUGUAGACCCCAGCCAAGGACACCACUUCAACUAUGAGAGGUGAGCUGUACAUCCCGUCUUAGCAGCACCGCCACAGAAAUGCACAAGUACAAGAGAUAGAGGAGUACCAGUCAGAGAUGUCCAGUGUAUUAGAGAAGACUUUUACUGGUCUUGUGCACAGUCUCCUGGGGGCGGGCAGCUCAAACAACCCAGUUAGUCAGAAUGUGUCCGGUGUGUCGGGCCUCCAGAAUGUGUCACUUGGCCUGGUACACUUUGUUGAAAAGCUUCAGGCUGCUCGCAGGAUAUCCAAACAGGAAGAAGAGCACUGUGUAGAGCAUGAGAGUAGAGAGUGGUCGAAGGUGUUAUCUAGUCCAGGUGUUAACAGUUCGGUAGUGGCUGACCUGCUGUGUCGUGCUCUCAUUGCCAGUGUGCGUGGCUAUGAUCUUCCUAGCCUCCACAUACAUGCUAUCAAGUUAACUCAAAGCCCUAAUGUGCUGCAUAAAAAGAUUGGGUACCUAUUUGUGAGCCAGGCUCUCCAUCCUGGGUCAGAACUCACUUUGCUUCUAGUCAACACUAUUCAGAGGGACCUGGCUGCUCCCAAUGCUCUUCAGGUUGCUGCAUCACUAGACUCACUACCCACUGUUGUCACACCUGACCUUAUACCAUCCAUCAUCAAAGCCCUCACACACUGCCUGGCACACCAACAGGUGUACAUCAGACGUAGGUGUGCAGCGAUGGUUGGUAUGGUGGCAACAGGGUGUGGGGAGGAGCUUCAGGCGACCACUAGUGACUUGAUCCCUCACCUACUUCACCUCUUGGCUGACCAAGACCCGGGAGUGGCGUUGUCUGCCAUUACCGCCCUGUGUAACAUUUAUAAGGUUUGUGGUCAAGAAAAGGCAGAGUUACGUGACCAAGUUGCCAAGAGCGCCUCGCACCUCUUGACUCAAGCACUGAAUGGCUCUCUUCCAAAAGACUAUCAAGUGAAUACACUGUCGGCUCCAUUUGUUCAGAUUCAAAUGCUUAAAGUACUGCAGUCCUUGUCAAGUAAAGAUUGGCGAAUUCCAAAUGAAGUUAUUGUAGCAGUUGAAUUGGUUUUAAGUCAGCCAUGGGGAGGCAAGGAGAUUGCUUUAUAUGCUGUCUUGCUGGAGUGUGUGUUCACAGUCACAGCUCUGCCACACAAUGACAACUUACUGUCUAAUAUUCUUCAAGUAGUUUUAGGGUUCCUCAAGAGCUCAAAUGUUGACCUCAAGUAUGUGGGCUUGAAGGCCCUUGCUAGUGUCUUCUCGGUGUUGGAGGAGGCACUCACACCUAGUCAUCUGGAGGCUGUACUAGACUGUCUCUACCACUCUGAUCCAAACCUCCAAGCCAAAACACUCAAGUUGCUUUGUACAAUGGCCAAUUCUCAUAACUAUCAGGCAGUUUGUACCACUCUGCUGGAGUUUUCAGGCCGUACAAAAGAUUCUGCCACACGCAGAACAAUUAUAGAGGAGCUAGGAACCAUUGUAACCAAGCACUGUCAAGAUGUGGCUUGGUGUGUGGAGCUUAUCUUACCAAUCAUUCUAACUUCCCCAACACCUGACAGGAGACUUGCAGAUGCUCUUGUGUAUGUGUUGGGUAAAGGAUUUAGAGAAGAGAAGACUAUUCAAGCCUCAACUGAAGCCUCCCAAGAAUUGCUUCUGAAGAUCUUCAGCCACAAUACACUCUCUCAAACUUACCUCAGCCUCAUAGCUUCUGUUCUUAAUCUACAUUAUAUCAGAGAUCCAAAACAAGUAUCUAAGUAUUUCACCGACUCUUUCUUCGAGAAAGUUAAGUUCAUGACCAAUUUAAAGGAAAGUGACUCUGCCAUUUUCCAGUGCCUUAAAAAUAUUGGACUUCACGAUGAAAUUGUAUGUGCGGAAAUUAUAACAUUUUUGCAACCUCAUACAACCAAAGGAAAUGUAGAUCUUGCUGUGAGAGAAAAAUCCAAAGAAAUAUGUAUGUGGCUUACUAAUCCAGAGCUCAGUUUAAGAGUCAUUAAAAGACAGGAGGACAUUUUGAAUCGUAAAGUAACUCUUGACUUAACAUUAAGCUUUCUUGAUAAGUAUGUUGUUGAUUCUCUUGAAAAUGGUGCUAUUCCAUAUAAGCCAUUCAGUGUAGUCAUGGGAAACACUAGCAUAUUGGAUAAAUUGAGCAGUGAUGUUCAGGAGACACAGUGGAACACUAACCCCAGCACCGGGUCUGAUGAUGGCCACUCCUCGACACCAUCUACUGGCACUGGCCUUACUAGCGUCACCAGUCAGAGCAGCAAUGUAUUGAACAGGAGUAUGAUUGCAAAUACCAAGAGUGUGUGGAGCACCGAAGGUCGUAUACGUCAGAAAUCCGAAGGGGAGGAAUCCAUCAAGUCUCGUGUUGACUCGGCUUCUCAGCCAGUGGGGAGCCUCCAAGGAACUCUGCUUGGGGAUGAGGAGGAGGAAGAUGAAGUAACAGAGGGAAGUGUUGAACUGGCAGAUGAAGCACAAGAAGAUGAGAAAGAGAAAGGACUGGAAACCUCUGUCAUUCAGAGGUCGCAGCUGACUCAGGCACUUCUGGCAGGACUUGGAAUGACCAGGACAAAAUAAUGUACGUCAAUGUCUCUCGAGUAUUUGACCAAAAUCAUCUAGAAGAGAAUUUAUGAUUGCAAUAGCUAAUUAACCCAUGUGCUUUUGUACAUGAAAUUUGCACAAAUUUUUCUGCAAAGUCCUUUAAUGAAUACACUGUAUAAAACAGUGUACACAAGGAAAAUUUUUUUAUUCUUAUAAUUUUCAAGUGUUCAUUAACAUAAGCAUAAUGGUGCAUAUUAGUGACCCUCUAACCUGGCAUUGUCUCUACUGAUGCUGUACUGUACUAUAUUAAUAUAAUUAAAAGAUACAAUCAUUGCUGAAUGAGUAUGAAUGAGUGAAGGAAAUUAAUUUUAAAGUAAAUUAAAUAAUGCAUAAAAGUUUUUUCCUGCCAAGAUGCAGGCUAGUAAGAAAGUUGUGCUUGCUGUUAGUGAAACAGCUGUUUGCUGCGUUUGCAUCCUGCUGAAUGCUAAAACACAUUAAAUAUCAAACUGGAAAAAAUCUGUUAGCCAGUGCAGUUGGUGUCCGGUCUUUUCGGAUUAUUCCUUGACACUGGGUCAUAAACUUGUUAACUCGGGGUGUGGUUGUUGUCAGCUUCUACAACUUAAACAAAUUCAUACCAAGGUGGUCCUAGGGCCAGCCAUCCUUGGAACAUGAGGGGUAACCAUUAUUAUUAUGGCCUCCAUCAGUCAAGGGGAUAUAUAAAGUAAUAAGAAAAACCGAGUACUAUAUAAUUGUUUUUAUUAACUUACUGAUGAUUUUAUACAUAUGAACAUAUAAUACAGUACAUGGAAAUGUUUUUUCUGCAUUACUCGAAACAAAUCUUGAUAAUGAAAAUAACUGUACGCAGCAUCUCUGUAAAGAAAAGAAAAACAUGAUUAGAGGGAAAUGUGGAAACACACAUUAUGGUCCUCAACUGAACCACUGACUAAGAUCUGACAACCACGACAACCCUUACAAAUUGCUCAGUCAAGCUGCAACAUUAGAAAAUUUUGUUCCAAUUCCUUUUACUCUUGAACAUAUUGUAUAAUAUAAUAUUUUCUGGUAAAAUUCUAUUACAUUAAAAACAAAUAAAUUUCUAUGAAUUAUAUUGGCUACUAAGGUUGUUAAAUAUGAGUACAGCUAAGUCAUCCAAGUCAAGUGAUGUUUGCUGGGUUCUCAUGAUGUGUUCUCUAAUAAAUGUGAACCAAUAAUGUA